ACGUUGAGAGGGGUGGCAGACUGCCAACGCUUCGAUCAGUGCCGUCGGGAUGUCUUGGCAGCGGACGCCGGCUCCUGGCUGGUCUGAUCAGCACUGAACUGUCCGGGGUGUGUACGGCGUGUUUUUUAUGUUGUUGUCGCAAACAGGGCGUCGCGAGUAGCACGAGACGUAACAGACUUUUUCAUCCAGCCGUUGCAGUGACUGCACCAACAUACCAAACCCGUACUGUGGUCCACCUCAAGGAGGAAACUGUCACCUCUGCGCCGACUGAAACUGCAUCAUCGUCUGAAACGAGCAGAGACAAUCCACAAAACACCAGAGAGGAGCUGCAAACUGUGGGAACAAGAGCUAGCAGCAGGCUAACGUGCGUUAGCUGAGGACGCUACGUCAAGAAGUUUGUUGUCAAGCUACCGUUAACAACUCGAGAUAUCAGAGGUGUUUUCACCACGCGUUUCUGGUCAAAGUACUACUUUAGAUGUGGUCGUUGAUAUCCGAGUGACCCGGGACAGGAGACAGUGGGGGUAUGAUGCAUUUUGUAGUAACAAAAGUUAGGUAACAUCAAGCUAGCUCGCGAGCCAUGCUAGUUUUUGUGACUCAGUGGCCGUUGAUGAAUGUAUCGUUUCACAUCGGGUGUUGUCUGUCUGUCUCACCGAAACGCUGCUGAUGACUCGUUUGUGACCAGAGAAGACACUUUUCGUCUUGUCUCCUGUCACGUCUGGGACAAAGCCACUGGACUUUAUUUGACAAGAGUACCGUAAUUUGGAUUUCUGUGGCAGUAUCAUCAUGGGGUCCCUGAAGGCUCUCCAGGAGUGGUGUCGGAUUCAGUGUGAAAAUUACAACGACGUGGAAGUAAAGGACAUGUCAACGUCCUUUCGGGACGGUUUGGCGUUUUGUGCCAUAAUACAUCGUUACAGACCAGAACUGAUAGACUUUGGCUCGCUGUCUAAGGAGAAUGUCUACGAGAACAACCGACUGGCGUUUGAAGUGGCAGAGACACAGCUGGGGAUUCCUGCCCUGUUGGACCCAGAAGACAUGGUGUCCAUGAAAGUGCCUGACCGGCUCAGCGUCAUCACUUACGUCUCUCAGUACUACAACUUCUUCAACAACAAAUCUCAAGCAAACCCGCCUUGCAUGAAAAGGCUGAGCUCCGCCGGUCAUAAUGAGCCAGCCCAGAAAAGGCCCCCGACCCCUUUAGAAGAAAAAGUGGUUGAGUCUGAGCCGAGCCGGCCCGCGCAGACAGGUGUAGAAGCAAUCAAGCGCAGCAUGCUCAGCAGCACCUGCGCUGCCUGCCAGAGACACGUCCACCUGGUGCAGAGGUUUCUGGUGGACGGCAAGCUCUACCAUCGCAACUGUUUCAGGUGCACAGAGUGUCACAGUACUUUGCUUCCUGGAUCUUACAAAUUAGGAAGCGACUCUGGGGCCUUGGUCUGUACACAUCACCUUGCAAGGCACGCUUCAGCCAAUCAGAACGGCCGGCCAGAUCUUAGUAAGAAACCAGCGGUCGGUCUGUCUGCCAGGAUUGGUCGCAGCACAAUUCCUCACACCCCGCCCUCUGAGAGGGACCAGGCAAAGACUUCUUCUCCAGUAAACCAAACAAAUGAUACUGAGAUGCCCGCCAAUGACUCUGCCACAGUCGCUGCCGUUGCAGCAGAUAUAGCAGAAUCUUUAGAAAAAACAAAAGAGAUGGACGACAGUGGAGCGACGGAGGAGACGCCACAUUCUUCUCCUCCAAACCCUUUUGAUGAAAGUGAUGAAGAGGAGGAAGAGGUUGAGAAAGAGGAAGAUGCUAAGACACCAGCUAUUGUAACGACCAACGGUGACCUCCCUUCUACACCUGUCAGUCAUCCUGAAGGUGUCGGUAGGCCUGUACCGGCACCGCGCCGAGUCUCUGAACCCACCCCUCCUCCUCGACCUGCCCCUCGUAUCCGGUUACCCCGUACAGCAGAUGCCCUUACAGGCGAACACCUGAAGCCUCCGACUCCUCCCAAACCUCGAGAAAGGUCACAGUCUCCUGGAAGCCUGUCCAGUGGCUCCCAUAAACCCAAAGACCCACCUUGGCUCGCCCUGGUCCAAUCAGAACCCAAGAAGAAGAAAGCCCCUCCCCCUCCCCCUGCCGGACUGGCAACCCCUCCCAACACAGGCUCUCUGUCCUCUCUCAAAGGGGAGGGCUCCAGACCCAGCACGCCCCCGCCGCCCUCCAACCCAUUCGAGGAUGAUGACGAUGAAAAUGAGGAGGUAGCGGAGGUAGAAGAGGGCAGCGAAGGAAGUGCGAUUCCACCCACAGUUGUGGCUAGUCACCCAUGGUACAGCAUCACUCAGGUGACUGAGGCGAAGACAGGUGCAGACACUCCUCCUAGUGGAGGAAGCUCGUCCCGCUCCGCCAGCCCUGGGAGCGCCAAGAGCAAGAAACGUCCAGCACCUCGUGCUCCACAGCCGCCUGCAGGUCACAAAGUUUUCUCUCACUCUCAGCCCUCCUCUUGCUCUCCCUCUCCAGCUCUCAGCACAGAGAGUCUGUCGUCUGGCUCGGACCACAGCUCCUCCCAUCCCCCCUUGAGUGGCAGUGCCAGCAGCGACCAGGAACACGCCUUCACCAAAAGUGUCUCGGAGCCUUCCAUCUGUUCGCCGUGCGACUCUACGUCGUCUCCUUCCUCCUCCUCGACCGAGCGUCUGCCUCACUCUUCCCUAAGCCCCUACCCUUCUCCCAUGCCAUCGAAUGCCAGCUCAGCUCCAGCUACCCCGCAGACGAGUCGCAGCGCUGCUCCGCCACGACCCCCGACGGCCCCCAGCCCGCUGGCCUCAGGAGCCAUCCAAUCACACAAUAAGCGGAUCUGUAAGGAGAACCCGUUCAACAGGAAAGCUUCUCCCUCACCUGCUAAAUCCAAAUCCAAACCACCAAAAGGCCCUCGUCCUGCCAGACCCCCGGCCCCCGGCCACGGCUUCCCUCUUAUCAAACGCAAGGUGCAAUCAGACCAGUACAUCCCAGUAGAGGACAUCCACGGGGAGAUGGGUCAGCUGGAGAAGCAGCUGGAUGAACUGGAGCAGAGGGGAGUGGAGCUGGAGAAGAAGCUGAGGGACAACCCUAACGAUGAGGACGAGGAGCGGCUGUUGGUGGACUGGUUCACUCUGAUUCAUGAGAAACACCUUUUAGUACGACGUGAAGCUGAGCUGGUUUACACAGCAAAGCAGCAGAACCUGGAGGAGAGGCAAGCAGAUGUGGAGUACGAGCUGAGGUGUCUUCUCAACAAACCAGAGAAAGACUGGACAGAGGAGGACAAGAGUCGGGAGCAGGAGCUAAUGGCUGAGCUGGUUACCAUCAUCGAACAGCGCAACCAAAUUGUCAACAACAUGGAUCAGGACAGGCAGAGGGAAGAAGAAGAGGAUAAACUCAUGGAAGCCAUGCUUAAGAAAAAAGACUUCCACAAGGAAGCGGCGGACAUUGACCAGCAGAAGAAAAAAGGAGCAAAGUUCAAACCCAUUAAGGUGCUCAAGCGGCUAAGCCAUAAAGGAGAACCGGGGAAGAGCCACAGCCCGCGCAAGGAGAAAUCACCAUAGCAACGAUCCGUUCCCCUCUAAGAGGAUACGAGACUAUUUUAACAAGACUAAGGAAAAUAUGAAAGAUUUAAGAAAAGAAGAUGAGGUCUCCUUCAGCUGUUUCGUUAAUGACUCAGAAUCGACUCCCCGCUCACAUUUUACUUGAUGCUUUUCCAAAAAGUCUCUGCGGUGACUAUUUUCAGUUGCCUUCGUGUGUUUUAAAGAAACGAUAUAAAACCGUUUUUAAGAGCCGACGUGUGUGCGAGCUCUGACCUCUGAAGCUAGUCGAGUGUAGAGUAGGUUUCUUAAUUUCUGCACUGAUUUGUCCCGUGUUGCUUCCCUUUCUUUUAUCACGGCACAGCAACGGUGUGACCGAUGAGUUUUAGCGAAAUCAGUCGGAAUUAAGUCGAUCCCGAUAUCUGAGUUUUUAAUCUGUUUUUGACGUACGCUCGAUGGAUAUCCGUAUCUUUUGAUUCCAAAGUUAAGCAGCUGGAUAUCUGAAGAGUUUUCGUGUCGUGUCUGGUUUGAGCCUGCGGUACGUUUUUUUAAGAUGAGCUCCGCUUUAAUUCUCGCAACAUCUACCCCUGAAAUGCUUUAUCGACAACAGAUAUCUUAGCUCUCCUAGCUGCUACGUUAUGACUGUUCAUUGUUUCCUUUGCUUUUUAGUUUCCUCACUCCUUCCUCUCUGCAGCGGCGUCAUUUUUGUAAAUGCAUUUCAUAAAAGAUGCAGAUGAACAUAGUGUUAACGGAUUUGUUUGGGAGACUCAAAAUCAGAUUAAUUUAGAAAAUGUGAGGUCUGGAGGAGAGCAUUAUAGACUGUCAGUAUGAAAGGUCAUACAUGCAAUAAUUAAAACUUAGAAAAAGCAGAUAAACAGUAUUUUAACAACUGUAGCGAAUACCAGCUUAUAGCAGUUUUAACAUUUGGGGAAAACCUAAAUAUGCAAUCAUUAAUUUAGAUUUUACUACGCCUCUGUGUAUGUUUCCAUGUUUUGCCUUAAAAGUGGAUAGAAAAAACGUGUUAAUAUUGUUUGUACGAGUGCCAUUUAUUUAAUUUCAUACGUGGAUGAGUGUCAAUUGUUGGAGCUAACGUAAAUGUCGGUAUGUUUACUCACGCUCUUCCUGUUCUGUCAGUUAGACUGUCUGUUUGUCCUCCAUUUAAAAUGGUAAUCUGUCGUGUCUGUGUCUCCGCUCUGUGCCUGUCUUCCUGCGUGGCUGAAACCAAGGGCUUCUGUAGCAGGAUUAAACAAAAUACUGACACUGGAAGGCAGAGAAAUAAAAUAACUUAAUACAAGCA